CAGAUUUGAAAGGGAUUACCGUUCUUAUCUUGCCGAGGUUCGAUUGCCUGCUUUCGUUUGGAGAAAGUUUAUCAGGCUGGUCAAAGAGAGCUGCGAUGAUUUUGUAGUGGAAGUAUAUACACACCUAGUUUCGUCAUAUUUUUGAUUUCAUCAGUACGAACGACACCGUAAAUUUUGUCGAACCAGCAUAUACAAAGACUUCUGUCGUCUGCAACUGAUUGUUAGGGAAUUAUCUUCUAUAAAGAUGAUGACCUUGUUGGUUUUUUUGUUAGUUGUAUAUGCUAUUAUUUUCGCAAUUAAAUGGUUUAUCCGUCAUCGAAAACACGUUAUGCACCGUGAUUUGAUGGAGAAAUAUGGUGUUCCAGCCAAUCACAAGAUUGUUGGGUUCUUUCAUCCUUAUUGUAAUUGUGGGGGUGGGGGUGAACGUGUUCUAUGGACUGCAAUUAAGUGUAUGUUAGAAAAAUAUAAAAACAUAGUAAUUGUUAUUUAUACCAAUGAUGCAGAGUGCCUUUCAAAUCCUGAUAAAGUCCUCAGUAACGUCCGAAGAAUAUUUGGAAUAUAUUUCAACAAACCUUCCAAUUCUGCUAUACAUUUUGUACCGCUGAAAUCAGAGAUAUUACUAACUCCGAAGCUAUAUCGUUUAUUCACACUAGCUGGUCAGGCUUUUGGUUCAGUUCUAGUUGGAUUGGAAGCUAUCUUUAGAUGCCCACCGGAUGUAUAUAUUGACACUACCGGAUUCGCUUUUACCAUACCUCUAGCCAAAUGGUUAUGUAAUUCACAGACAGCGGCUUACGUACAUUAUCCAACUAUAUCGUCUGUCAUGUUGCAACGUGUAUCGUCCUCACUGUUCUCAAAAAAUAAAAAUGAAAUAGUUUUAACUUAUAAUAAUCCUAAUUGGGUUAGAAAAAAUAAGAUCUUUUCCAGCAUAAAAUUCUUAUACUACAACCUUUUUAUCAAAGCUUAUAAAUUCUCUGGUUCAAGCAUAAAUGUCGAUGUUGCAAUGACGAAUUCAUCUUGGACUCAAAAGCAUAUUCAGUCAUUGUGGGGUGGAAAACCUGUUGUGCUCUAUCCUCCUUGUCCCGUCGAGGAUUUGGAAGGGAAAUUAGUCAGUGAUCAAAGAUUUAAGUGGAUUUUAUCUGUCGGUCAGUUUAGACCGGAAAAAAAUCACGAGGUUUGCUUCUUUUUUUAUUGAGAUAUAUUACUUCUAGACAGUUCAAUUUAUGGCAUUUUGUAAAGUAUUUUCUGAUCACAGUAAUUAUUAGAUAUGUACUCAUGUAGUUCUCUAAUUGUUAAUGCUGAACCGAAAUCUGCUUCAUGUAAUCUGAGAUACUCAGCACUGUGUCUUAUUUGCUGUUAUUGGUUUAUGUAAUGUUUAAUAUUUCCGUUACUCAAAUACUCAACGUUAGCAUUUUCAAAUAUAUCACUAAACUAAACAUUCUUUAGUUUCCAAUUCAGUAAAACCCUAUCUAAAUAGCAAGUAUUCAUUCCCAACCAAAAUCUAGAACAGUUAUAUUUUCUGAUUCUUAAGUCCUAAAUUUCAUCGAUCAAAAAGUCGCGUAAACCAAACUACUAGACUCUUCCUGAUCACUUGUGGUCGCGUCCGAUAACGUACCAUGUGAAGUUAAAUCUUAUAAAACCACUUAUUUAAAUAAUUAAAAACAACAUUUAGGAGAGCCAUCUUGUGUGUAAACAAUACAAUAGAAGACUGUCACAAGUCUAUAUUCUGAGUCCAUUAUUCACAUUUUCACGGUUGGCCAAACUAAAUUGUUACGCAUAUUUUGCCAACUAGAUAACUUCCCUUAAAAAUAAUAUAGAAACACCUAUUCUGAACACGUGAAGUAGAUUUACAUCCUUAUCUCGAUUUUGGCCUUGUUUCACAGUAAGUAAAUCUUCAUAGGCUAUAAUCGUACUAUUACUUAGGCCUUAUUUUAUAUAAUUGCGCAAUUAGUAUAAAGUUUAUUGGGCUUGUAUUGAACAGUUAUAGAAUUUCCUAUAGUCACUAUUGAAUAAUAUAAUUAAAAAGUCCUGAAAAAUUUUAUUUCCAAUAUUUAGCUUCAGUUAGACGCUUUCCAUCACUUCCUUAGACGUCACGAGUCAGCAAAAAGCGAUGAAAAACACCAGUUCAAGCUUCUUUUAAUAGGUGGCUGUCGGGAUGACAAGGAUUUUGCCCUUGUCUCAAAACUUAAAGACCAGGCUGCUACACUGGAACUUGGAGAUACUGUAGAAUUCCACAUUAAUUUACCCUAUCAGGAGUUAAAAAGCUAUUUUGGACGUUGUUCUGUUAAUUUGCACACUAUGGUGGAUGAACAUUUCGGAAUAAGUAAGUAAUUUAAAGUUGACUCUAGAAAUAUUGUAUAGUACGUCAGUCUGAGAUAAAUAAAAUUGCGCAUCAGAAAAGGCACCACUAAACACAUCUGUGGAAAAUUCAGAACGUCCCAGUCGGAUUUUAAAAUAUUAACUAUCAGAGCCUGUUCUGUAUAUUAAAAAAGUUAGCAUACUAUCCUCAAAGCCUCAGAAUCCUGGUUACUAUCCAACUAAGAGUUGUGAGUGUGUUGGUUAAUUGGGGUAACUCAAUACAACACACAGGUUUAUGCAGAGUUUUGUUUCACUAAGUUGUAUGUGAAGUCUAGUGCUACAACCACUAAGCCGCAACUCUGAUUCCAAAAAGUUAUAGGGUUAUAUGAAACGGUUGCUUGAAAUCUCGAUUUUAAGUAAUUGCUAAAUGGUUAUACGCGGAUAUGCUUUUGGUUUUGUGAUUAUUACUUAGUUGGGCAUUAGGAUUCAGUCAGUCAUAUGCAACAUGGAACCUGGUACGUACAUGUAUCGGUUCAAGUUAACACAUAACAUUAACACAGCUAAGUAAAAUUAUUCUUACAAAUCUCAGAGUGGUCAAAGUAAUCACAGUGUCAGUAGUAACAGAAAAGAAUAGGUAUGAAAAGAGAUCAAACGUGUAGGGGAUUCCGGGAUUGAUGAUCUAAGGGGACACGGUGGAUACUCCUGUGCCAUUGCAAUUGAUUCUGAGUCGCUUCACUUAGAGUCUAACAAUUAUUUACAAUAAUGGCGUAAACCCCCACUAGGCAGUGUGUAAUUUAUUUACAAGGUCCAGUUCAAUUGUUGACGUCUUCAUGGACUGAUCCCACGAUUUGGUCUGGUCACCCGUAGUGCUCUUGCGACCCACCCCCUACACCAGCCAUCAUAACCCAUGGAGGUGGGCGGUAGUUGGGGAUACACAAUACAUGUCCUUACCGCCUUGGUUGAUAAAGAUUCAUUAUCAGACCAACCAAUUUUCUACAUUUACCCAAUACUCUAUACUUACCUCAUCAUUGCUCACUCAGUUGUCCUGAUAUACGCAAACAAUUAUUCGAAGGCAUGUUCAAAUACUACUAGCCUCUGAAUAUCUUCCAUUCUUAAUUGUCAUGUUUCACGGCCAUAAAGUAAGGCAGGAUGAGCCGCUGCUCAGUAGACUGGAUUUUUAAGUGGCAGAUGAAGAUUUCACAUACCAAGUGACUGAGUUUGGCAAAAAGCCAGCUGAGCUUUCUAAAACCGUGGGCUGACUCACAUAUGUGACAUGCUGUAAGUUGAUUAUUAUUUGAGUACCUAUCACAAAGAUAAUUAUACGGUUAUAAAAUGAUUUGUCAGAUCAUUGUGUCUGUGCUCAUGUCCUUUGAAGAGUAAAUAAAUUAGUUUUUGUACCUUAUCAUUAUGUACUGUUUUAAUGAUGGAGUUCAUUACCAUAAUAGUGGAUCGAUCUGUGCUUUGCUAGAUCUAGUAAAAGUCACUGCUAGUUCAUUAAGUUUUCUGUCGCUUUUUCGGCUGUCAGUCAGUCAUAGCAACUAUAAAAGUACACUUGAUAAUCUUCGAGAUGACACUUCAGUUCACUGCAUAUAUUGCUAACUAUCGCUAAUAAUUGUGUAUAGAGUAUUGAAACGUGUUAUGCAAUUCCCCAUGUGUAUUGUGUUAAGCUAAAAUGAAAUUCUUUCACAUUUAGUUAAUUAUUCUAUUUUAGCAUCCGGACGUUAUGUGAUCUCUGUUUAUUCCUCAACAUCAGUUUUACACCUUGAUGUCAGUCAUUUUUCAUGCAUUAUUUCCUCAAAGUAUAGUCUGAUGUUUUAUGUAUUAUUUUCAACAGGUGUUGUGGAAGGCAUGGCAUCAGGUCUUAUUACAAUUGCUCACAGAUCCGGUGGUCCACUUACUGAUAUAAUUGGACCCUCAGAAACUAGUUCAUCUUCCAAUCAGUUAGAAAAUUCAGGUGUUGGAUUCCUUGCGUCUACAGUUGAUGAAUACGCAAAUAUUUUCGAAUUGGUAUUGCUGAAAAUGUCUGAAUCACAAAUCGAUGCCAUACGGAAAAAUGCCAUCCAGUGGGUACAUGAAAAAUUUUCUGAGGAUUGUUUCAACAGGGGUUGGAUCGAUCAAAUGAAUGUAUUCGGUUUGGAGUCAAUUUCAGCAUGAUAAGCGAAACCGAUAAUAAAGAGCUUAUUGUGAUAAUCUUCUGAAGAUUCUCUUAUGUAUCAAAUUACCUAUGUUGUUUUACAAUAUUUAUUAUCGGUUCCAUUAUGAAUAUUCUUUAUUUGUAUUGUAUUUUUGAUUUAUACAAAAGAAAUUUAUGCGGGUUAAUUAUCUUAUGAUGGCUAGAAUUUCGUAUCAAUCGUUAUUUAUUCAGUUAAUAUAUCAGUCUAAACUUGUUUAUUAACUACAUGGUGAUAAAACUUGGUAUUGCGUAACAGAGAUUCAGUAUGUAUCAGAAAAAAGUGGAAAUACAAUUAAUAAGACACUUUCAAGGAAAAAGUAAAUUACUAAUUACAUGUGUCUGAAUCAUUUUGAUCGACCACAAAAUUCACAUCGUAUAGGGUGUUCCUCGAUAGAUUCAUGACAUAAAAGUCGAGAGUAUGUUAUGUGACUCCUUAUGUAUUGCUUUUUUGAAAUUUGAUUUAUUUACAUCAAUUAUCAUCACGUUUUCAAAUAAACAUUUAUGAGCAUUUUAACCGUGGUAAAAUCUUGUGUUUGUUCAUAUAAGUAAUCAUCUAAAAUUGCACUGACACAUAGGUGAGUAAUGGUUAAUGAAUGAAUGGCCAGGUUAUUAUAAACAUUUUAUUCCUCCUAAGCAAAAUAUCAGGAGACUAAGUAGUUCAUAUUCUAGCUAUCUUAUAUCAUACCCUUAGAAAGAGAUUUAUGACUUUCAAUCUCGUCUUUCCCAGUCUAUGGUUAAACCACAUCCAGGUUAUGUUACGAAAACAUUUGCCAACUACAUAUAAGUUUGGAUGUAGAUGAUAUUUUUCAAGCUUUAGUUUGGACUCUUAAGCUAACAAAAAAUCAUACUGAGUUGGAGAGUAAUCUCCCUUCCUGAUCACAUUUCCUCGCUAAAACUUCAGGAAUUACCUCGGAGUUCCACCAUACGGAAAGUGAGGCAGUCACGCUACCGAUAACAUUUAAUGAUGAUUAUGCAACAUAGAAAUAUAAACCGUAGGUCACCAACCUUCAUUUUAUGUUGAUAUUACUUAAUUGGCUCUGCCCUGAGAGUUAAGGGAAGAAUAAUGACGCCUCAUGAUGAAAGCCGAUAUUCGGAAGUCAUGAGGCCGAAGCCCCUUCUAACUACCAGAGCAACAAUUUCUAGACGGGACGUCCGGAUAAAGUAGCAGACUUGGAGGACCAGUUAAAUGAGGAGAUACAACUUGGCAGUACUCAGAAUCAGCGAAACCCAUUGGACCCAAGCUGGGCAGCAAAGGUUAGGUACGGGACAGAUGCUGCUGUACUCCGGUCACGAAGAGAACAAAGCUGCACACACAGGGAAUUGCUCUGAUAAUGUCCGAAGAAGCAAGUAAUGCAUUUGUAGGAUGGGGAUCUCACGGAUCCGGAAUCAUCAAAGCAGAAGGAAGGGACUACAAUGAAUAUUAUGCACCCACUAAUGAUAGCAACGACGACGAUAAAGAUUAGUUCUACAAGAGGUUGCAGUUGAUCAUAGCGAAGUGCUCAGGAACGGACCUGACCAUCCUGAUGGCAGAUUUAAGCGCUUAAGUCGGAAUUGACAACACCGGAUAUGACGAUAUCAUGGGACGACAUGAACUGGGGAAGAGAAUUUCAAACCUAUGUGCAUUCAACAAAUUGGUUAUAGAUGGCACAAUAUUCCCACAAAAACGUAUACACAAAGCUAUAUGGGUCUCACAGUAUCACACCACGGAGACCCAGGUAGGUCAUAUUUUUAUGAAUAAAAAUUCAGGACAAUUUAGGAUGCGAGAACCCUGAACAGGAUUCAAGAAAGGAAUAGCAAGAAGACAGCGAUCAACAAGAGCGGAGAAAGUCAAGGUACAAACUGAAUACGCUGAAGCAAACAAGUAAAUGAAGAGGACCAUCCGAGCCGACAAGCAGAAGUACAUGGAAGACCUAGUAGCGACGGUGGAAAAAGCUGCAAGAGAAGGAAAUAUGAAACAACUAUAUGACAAAACGAAGAAACUAGCAGAGGAAUAUGGUAAACCAAAGAAACCAGUCAAGGGAAAGAAAGGAAGCCAAUCACAGAUCCAAGAACAGAGGGACAGAUGGGUAGAAGACUUCGAGGAGCUUGUGAAUAGACCGGUCCCAGGCCAUCGAAGCAGCACACAGAGACCUUCCUAUGGAUGUCACUCCACCAACGAUCGAAGAAAUCAGAAUGACCAUCAGACAAAUCAGGAGUCGGAACGCAGCAAGAUCUAACAACAUACCAGCUGAAGCACUGAUGCCUAACGUAUGAGUAAUGGCAAUCAUGCUCCACAUUCUGUUCAGGGAGAUUUGGGAUGAAGAAUAUGUGCUAAUGAACUGGAAAGACAACAAAGAAAGAUCUGAGUAAAUGUGAGAGCUACAGAGGCACCGCAGUACUGUCAGUACCAGGAAAAGUUUUCGGAAGAGUGUUGCUGGACCGGAUGAAAGAUUCAGUGCAUGCCCCCACUUCAAUAGGCUGGAUGCCGUAAGGAUGGGUCGUAUAUAGACCAAGUCGCGUCGCUGCAGGUCAUCAUUGAACAAUCAGUUGAGUGGGACUCGUCACGGUACUUCAACUUCAUUGACUAUAAGAAGGCGUUUGACAGUGAAAAUAGGAGAACAUUAUGGAAACCUCGACACUAUAGUGUACCUGAAGAUCGUCAGCAUCAUACAGAAUUUACACGACGGACUAUAGUGCAAAGUAGUGCAUGGGGGACAACUGACAAAUGCAUUCCAAGCAUGAACCGGAGUCAUACGAGGCUCUCUACUCUCUCCCUUCAUCUUCCGGUGGUCGACUGGAUUAUGAAGAUCUCGACACCUGAAAGGAAGCACGGAAUAUAAUGGACAGGAUGAAUGCAACUAGACGAUUUGAACACAUCAUCUGGUCGUUCAAUCCCGGUACCACAAACAAAUGCAGGUCAUGACAAACGGUGUAGCAGAAGCCUAUGCAUCAGUAGGCCUCAACAUAUACAAGGGAAAAUGCUCUACUACAACGCAGAGAACACCAAAUCAAUCACACUUGACGGAGAAGCUUUGGAAGAUGUGGAAACUUUCACUCAGCAUUAUCAAUUAACAGAAGGAUCCAUUGCAGACGUAAAGUCAAGGAGUGGAAAAACAAGAGCCGCAUUCUUACGGUUGAAGAACAUGGAGUUCGAAACAACUGCCAACGAAUAUCAAGGUCAGAAUCUUCGAUACAAACGUAAAGACAGUUCUACUUUACGGAGCUGAAACUUGGGGAACUAAUACAACCAUCAUCAAGAUGGUACAAGUACUUAUAAAUAGCUGUCUACGCAAGAUACUCAACAUCCAUCGUCCGGAUACCAUCAGCAGCAGCUUACUGUGGAGAGGACAAACUAGCUUUGAAUUGAGGAGGAAAUGAGGAAACGAUGGUGGAAAUAGAUAGGACAUACAUUACGGAAAUCACCAAAGUUAAUCACGAGGCAAGUGCUAACUUAGAAUCCUGAAGGGGAACAAAAAAGAGGAAGACCAAAGAGCACACUACGUCGGGAAUCGGAAGCAGACAUGAUUAGGAUGAAUAGCAGGUGAAUUGGAUUGUCCAGGACAGAGUUGGAUGGUGAGUGCUAUUGGGCGACCUAUGAUCCUCCACGAGGCGAACAGGCAUAAGUAUGUAUCAUUUAGUUAAAAUGUAUGCUACAAGUUUGUUAUUAAAUCCUUGAAAAUAAUUUUUUAAAUUAGUUUUCCAUAUAUUUGGUUAGUAGAUUAAAUAUAUUUCCCGAAUUAAGACUAAAAUAUGGGGUAUCUAAAAUGCUAAACAAAAAUAGAUCACACAUCUGUCUUAGGAAAAAGUAUCAGUGAUCUUAGAAAACUUAGAUUUUUAUGUUAGGAUUUGAUCUAAUUAUAAAUUCUCAUUCAUUUUUGAAUUAUGUUCGGAUGUAUAUAUCUGAUUCGAUAUAUUAGUAUGGGAGCAUAUUUCAACGUUUCUGAAUUAAAGUUGAGCACAUCUUUGCAACAGAUCGAUCGUUUUACAAGUAAGUGAUCUUUUAACUGAAUAAUUUUUUUUAUAUCCAUCAAAAAUAACAGUAGUUAAACUCGGAUCCCAUUCUUGGUUAAUUAAGCUAAACUAAAUUUAGAUUUGUCACUUGUUCUGCCGAAGUACUUUCAAUAGUUGUUGUUGUUUACCAACGUAAAUAUUUGUUUUCAUUUAAAUUUCCUUAUAUUAUUAUCCCAUUUAUUGGUAGUAUUUUGAGAAAUCAUUUUUUCCUUACUACAUAGUAUUCCUAUCGUAGACUUUAAGCGGAAGUACCAGUCGCUAUGAUUCUAUUUAUAGAUAUUAUUAUCUAUUCAUGUAAACUUCACAUUACUAAACAAAGAAUUAAAUAUAAUCAAGUUGUUAUAUAUUUUAAAAAAGUUUGUUGUAUCAAUGUUAUAGUUUCUUCAGUUGAAUAAUUCAACAGUUUUCGUAACAUUUUUUUCCUUAUUUUCCGGUCAAAUUUUAAAUAUGUACAGUUUAAAAAGAUCUGCUUAGUCGAGUAAUUUGCUGAUAACCCAAUGAUAAUUUGUUUGUUUUCGUAAUAACUUCAAAACAAGUGUUACCGUGACUAUUAUUAUUAUUAUUAUUAUUAUUAUUAUUAUUAUUAUUAAUUACGGAUGAAUGUAUAUUUCCAUUCCUUAGCUGAAAAGUGUUUCAAUGUAUUACUAGAGUUCGCAAUGCUACUGUUUUGAAAACUUGUAAUGUAAGUGACAAAAUUUAACUUAAUUAUAAAAGAAGUGACUAUUUGAUGUCGGAUUAUAUAUAUAUGACGGAAAUUGCAUUAUUUCACUGUCGUUCUGUGAAACGAAAUUAGAUGUAGAAAUGUAGUUAUGCACUAGAUAGAAACAAUCUUUUAUAAAACAUGCCUUAAAAUAUUCAGGUGUAAAAAGAGUUGACUAAAAUACAUGGUUUCAGUUUUACUUGCACUGAUAGAUAUCAUGCAAUCCAUUCCAUUGUUUAAAUAAUUGAGGGAAUAUCAAUGCGAAAUAACAGGAAUAAAACAAUAGGGGUUUUCGCGAUUCCAAGUUUUCUAAACGUUAUCCAAUCUAAUAUAAAACAACAUUAAUAAACGGCUACCCUGUUCUAGAAAAGAUUUGUAGCUCAGGUAGAUGAUUUAGGCGGAGUUUUGCUUGCUACAUUUGUAUAGUACCAAGAAUCAGAUCAAAGGAAGGUACAAUCAAUAUAAAGAGAUAGUGACAGAUUAAAAUUCAGCAAUAACCAAUCAAGAUGGAGGUCGACAAGACAACCUGUGAGUCAUGUUGAGAAAUUCGAACACUUCACUUCCACCCAAAGUUUGUGCCGAUGAUAUUGUUUAGAAGAACAAUGAAAGCUCCACGGCCAAGCCAUUAAGCUCAGAGAUGCCUAGUGCUUCCAGGUUUUAAAUAGUAUAACUGAGAUCAGUUUGUGGUCUAAUACUAUGAAAACAAAUAAUUGUGAGGUGUUUGAAGUUAAAUGGUAUAUAUACGUAAAAUAUAUUCACCACACCGAAUAAGAAUUAUGCGAUAAUAAUAGCUAAGUUGGAAACUAAGGUUCUUGAUAUCAAUGGAUUGAAAAUUAGGAUGAUUACUACAGUAUCUGAACUUACUGGAUCUAAUUCCAUGCAGAAAGGUAUGUAAAACAGCUUAAGCUCAGUCAGUUGUAAAUACACCUCUGUCCUACAUGAGAUCAGUCACGAGUCGGAUAGCUCAGUGAUUUGGUCUGACUGAAAUUGGAUGACACAGGGUUGAAUCCACCAAGGAGCAUCAAAUGCUUCAAGAGUACGGGUACACCUUUUUGACGAGUGCCAGACAGCACUAAAAUUACAUCCUAGGUUUCCUCUUGACUAUCUCUAACCACCCUAUCACAUCCCAACAUAGUCCACGCGGUGUUGAGUCACCCCGAUUAGUGAACACUUUGGGACUUGAUCGACAGAAUCCGAUCUGCACUAAGACGGACCUGAUAUAUAUGGCAUUAGCCACAACCCAAUGACCAAUCAAUUGUAAGCAGUUUAACUUUUUCACGUCGACUAGAUCUUCCUAACUACUGGCUAAUACGUACUAUAAAAAAAUCCAAGUGCAAUAGAGUUUAUUUUCAUAAUGUUAAAUAGCUCCGAUCAUAGUGAAAAACCUAGAAGCUGUAAUUACAACACUGACACUUGUGUGGAACCGUAUUUUCUCAUUCGUGAAAAUCAGGGUUGACCAUCAAUAAACCGAUCACGAAAAUGUUUUGUAUGAGUUCCCUACUUUUAUCUAUGGUUAUUUAUGUGAAGUGGUUUGGUGUAUCCUACGUAAAAGUUGGUAUGUUACUAUAAAAAGAAUAUCACUGAUUAUGAGCAUGAUGGUUUUGAAAAAAAUAUGUAAAGAUCACACACAACAGUGACAUUUCAACUACUGAUACAAUUGUAAUCAGGGUUUAAUAAAAAUUAUUUGUGACUAUUUUGCAUAUUAAAAUUUCUUAUGUACAUAAUGACCUUAACAAAAAAUGUUUUUUUAAUGGAAACAUGUUAAAUGCUGGUUAGUACUAACUAUUUAGUUUUUAGAAAAAAAACGUGAUAUUUAUUCAGCGUAUUGUACUUUAAACAGUUUAUACCAAGUAAUAACAUACUUUACAAGUAUUUUUAUCGAUGAGUUUGUUUUACUUCUGAGAAUCUAGUCCAGUUUGAUGAAGAAUGAGAUGGUCUGAAAGACUCUCAGUUUUAACAGAACCUCGAACAAUCUCAAGUGUGUAGAAUAGGAACACCACACAAAUUUCCAUUUCUUAAUUUCUCCGUCAGUAGAGUAAAUGAGUACAUUAAAAACAACUGUAUGGGUAUUGUACUGCAGUAGAAAAACUACCCGUUAGUGUAUCACACGAAAUGAUUGCAAAAGACAAUAUCAUUACAAUACAUAUGGUUUAUAAUCUGUCUUUCUAAUGAAUCGAUAUUUAAUAGUCUCUAUUGCGUAAUUACCAAGCUUAAAGGGAACAUAAGAUGAAUUUCAUAGACAAUCAUUAUCUGUUAAUCCAAUAGAUCAUAAGUAUAUGAAUAUCCACUAGUGGGAUAUAAAACCCUCUUGACCUAGUUUCUUUUGCAAUUUACCAGUAUUUCUA